CUCUCCUCGCCUCGCCUCGCCUCGCUAACCCAUUCCCAAAAGCAAAGCGAACCUAAGCUCGCUUCGUCUCUCUCUCGGAUUCGAUCAUGGCGCAGAGGGAGAAGAAGGUGGAGGAGCCGACGGAGCUGAGGGCGCCGGAGAUGACGCUCUGCGCCAACAGCUGCGGGUUCCCGGGCAACCCGGCGACCAACAACCUCUGCCAGAACUGCUUCUUGGCUGCCUCGGCGUCUUCUUCUUCUUCUUCCGCCGCUGCCUCGCCGUCGACGACGUCGUUGCCGGUGUUUCCGGUGGUGGAGAAGCCGAGGCAGGCCGUACAGUCGUCGGCGGCGGCGGCGGUGGCGCUGGUGGUUGAGCGGCCGACGGCGGGGCCGGUGGAGUCGUCGUCGAAGGCGUCGAGGUCGUCGUCGGUCAACCGAUGCCACAGCUGCCGGAGGCGGGUGGGCCUGACCGGGUUCCGGUGCCGCUGCGGCGAGCUCUACUGCGGCGCGCACCGGUACUCCGACCGCCACGACUGCAGCUUCGACUACAAGUCGGCGGCGAGGGACGCCAUCGCCAGGGAGAACCCCGUCGUCCGCGCCGCCAAGAUCGUUAGGUUCUAAAAGGAUAAUACAAGGGGAAACCAACCUGAAUUUUCCUCCUUUUUUCUUUCUUUUUUCUUCUUCUUUCCUUUUAAAAAUUAAAGUUGAGGGUAUUAUUUUUUCUUUUCCUGAGAGCUUCUUAAAGGUGAAAGGGGAAAAAAAAGAAAGAAAAAGAAAAGGAGAUGAGAUGGGUGACUCAAGAUGCAUCAAGCAAAGGAAGAACAAUAUGAUGAUGAUGAUGUUGUUGUUGUAGUGGUGGUUGAGGUUGGAAGUUGGAUGGAAAGAGGGAGGAAGGAAGAAGAUGGGGUUGUUGUGUUGUCCUCCCACAAAUCUCUAUUUAAUUUUAAUUCCCUUUUGUAUAAAAUUUAUUAUUAUCUGUGGAGAGCAUUAUUAUCAGCUUGAGCUAGUGGCAUCUUUCUUUUUA